CCGCAGGCCAAAAAAAAACCCUCACUCCAAACGUCAAAAACCGUCACAACUACACUUUCAAAAAGCAUCGCCAACGCUCCAAAUCUGUGCAAUUUUCUGUAGAGACGAAUGAAGCAGAAAGGUUUCAAGUCUCUUUAAAAAUCAAUGAAAAAAAAUGGUGCGAUUUACCCUCACUGGCGAUGCUUUUUAAAAGUGUAGUUGUGAAGGGUUUUGACGUUUCGUGCGUGGGAUGGCUGGGGGAUGGCGGGCCCAAGGGGGUUGGCAGAUUGGCUUACUUCAUUUCUCCACUAUCAUUUGUUGCAUUCCAAUCAGAGCUAGCGGCGCAUUUCGACGAUACGUUUGGUAGGGAAAGGAGGCACCGGAACCACGAACAAAGCACAAUUAGCAGGCGGGAUCAGAUUACGGAAACGGCGUUUGCUUCGGUCGUCCCACGUUCUGCAAUCAUCAUCAUCAUCAUUACCGCCAACACCAACCCAGUCCAACGCCCAGUGAAGCAGUGAAAGAGUUAAAGAAGGAGAAAGAAAGAGAGAGGAGAGAAACGAUCUCCUUCCCCACGACCCCGGAGAGUGGAAAAUGUUUCGACAGUAAAAGAAACUGUGUAACAAACACCGACGACGACGACGACGACGCACAUCUUGGUCUUGCACAGUAAACGAUUUCCGCCGAGUUCGAUCGCGGUAGGCGCUGUGUAAGUCCUGAUUUGGGUUGCGUACGGCGGGCUUUGCGCGGCACCGAUCAGACCACACGCGCACGAGUUACCCGAGGAAGAAGGGCACACUGUGACAACGGGCGAAGGAGGCGCUGCGUGUGAAUAUGAAUAUUAAUCGUUACCAGGCGGCCAAAAACUUGCAACCGGCCCGUUCCCUGCGCACUGCACCGAACCCCAAUGGCCGCAAUGUGCUCGGCGACUUUGGCUAUCCUCCGCAUCUCGUGGACACGGCGCCGCCGGCCCACGAACAUCAGCCCCGUGCCGGUGCGCACCUGCAGAACGGUGCGGGCGGCCCGCUCCCCGUGCAAGCGCACCAACGGUCGAGCAGCCAGUCGCGCAAGCACGAUGUGCUGCGUACCCCCCAGCCGGGAGCGCACGGAACCGGCGCGGGACGUUCGAUUACGCCAGCCUCGCCCGGCAGCUUAACGUUCAAUGCCAGCACGCUGACCGUGGGCUCACUGUACCAGGUGACCGUGUCGUACGUGCAGAACGGCCCGAAACAGUUCAUGGUGCAGCUGCACUCGUGCCACACCGCGCUAACGCAGAUGAUGAGCGCGCUGGCCCGGGUGCCGCUGCGGGCGAUCAACCGCAAGCUGCAGCUCGGCAUGGCCUGUCUGGCUCGCUUUUCGCAAAACCACAUGGUGUACCGGGCACUGAUCACGGCGCUGGGUCAGGAUGGGAAUUGUACCGUUUCGUUCGUCGACUACGGCCACUCGGAAACCGUGCACCCGGGCAGCCUGUUCGAAAUUCCGCCCGAAUUUCUCCGCUACGAAAUAUUCUCCACCCGGUUCGCGCUCUCGAACGUGCGCCGGCUGGAGGAUGUGAACGCGGACGUGGCCGGGAUCUUCUCGCGGCUGGUCGCCGGGAAGGUGCUGUCGCUUAAGGUGACGCCGCCCGAGGGUGCCGCCUUCGUGUCGUACUGUGAGCUGUACGAGAGUGGGGAAAACCUGUUCAACCGACUGCAGAAGCUUUGUCGCGAGCAGGUGUACCGGUACCCGGCCCUGGCCAGUCUUCAGCGUGGUGCUAGCUAUAACGUGGUCAUACGCUACAUCGAAUCGUGCUCGCAGUUCUACGUCCACCGGCUGGACAAUGUGGCUGUGUUUGAUAAAAUGAUGGACGAUUUGAUCGUGCACUGCCAGUCGAGCGGUACCCCGGCGGUGGUGGGCGUUGGCGACGCGUACGCCGUCAGUCUCGAUCCGAACGAUUACUACCGGGCGGAGGUGGUGGAAACGGAUCCGAAGAUCCGGGUGCGACUGAUCGAUUACGGCAACAUCAUCACGGCGCAGCGCGUGCAGCUGAAGCGGCUGUCGCCGGGCUUCGUUCACCAACGGCCGGAAGCGUUCGAAUGCUGCCUGGAAGGGUUCGAAGGAUCGACCAGCGAUGAUCUGUCCACGCCCCAGCUCGAAAUGCUCUCCGAGGGUGUUGACAAGGAGCGCAAACCGUUCAAGCUGAUCGUGUGCGAUGUGCGGGACGGUAAAACGAUCGUCAAUCUGCUGGACGAGUCGGAAACGCCCGUACUGAACGUGUCGAAGAAGCUGCUGAAGCUGAACAACCCAGUGAAGUUUGUGAAGGAUUCGGCCAACAAUCAGCAGAAGCAGCAGCAGCAGCAACAGCAGCAGCAACAGCAGCAGCAGCAAAAUAACAAACGACUGUCUGGGGGACCAGUUGGCACUGCAAAGGGUGAUCAGCUGGGAACGAGUGGCGAUUCGGGAAAGGCUCCGCUUUCCUCCAGUGGAGUUUCCUCCGGCCAGGGCGACUGUAUCGAUCUGACCAACGACGAAUGGAGCGGUGGGCCACCGCUGCCGGGCAAUCAGAGCACGGCGUACGAUCUGCAAACGGGCGGUAAUUUGGCCAGUCCUCCGCGCAAUGCUCGCUCCGGCGGUGGUGGUAACGCUGGAUAUGGACGUGAUAGCAAUCACAGUAGCCGUGACUCGUCGACCAGCAACAGCAAGCAGGACGUAAAGCGUGUGGCGGCAACUGGCGCGGCUACAAUCGCGCCAGCUGGCGCACGUAAUGACAUUCCAAGGUUCAAUAAGGAACGAACCCAAAUGCCGUACUAUUACGAGCAUGAUGAUCGUUGUGCAGAACCGAACAGCCCUCCAGCCAAUGUCCAGGGGUCGGUCGGUGGUGCUGGUGGUAGUAACGAAGCGAAGCGAAACGAACGAAACAAGAUGGAUGUGCGUAAUGCGGCACAAGAUCAUGCAAAUACUGCUUACGCUCCAGUGGUUUCCGCGGAAAGCAACGCUCAACCCGCCGAUGAGUUCCUGCCGUACCGCAGUACCUUCCCGGAGCAGACGGUGCCGUUGGACACGAAGCAGGACGUGGUGCUUUCCUGGUGGUACUCGCCGGAACAGUUCUACGUCCGGCUGCGCUCGGAAGAGGACAAGUACCACGAAAUGAUGAAGCAACUCCAGAAGUACUAUCGCAACAAAAGCAACCAGCAGCUGCACCAGCAGCAGCUGCAGCAGCAGCAAAGCACCGGCGGCGGCAAGGCAGCAAAACCAUCCACCGGCUCGAUCGUGGUCGUGCGCCACCCCAAACACAACGCGUUCUACCGUGGGCGCGUGCUAAAGUACAACGAGUCGGCCCAAAAGUACAAGGUGGAGCUGGUGGACGGCGGCAACAAGCUUGCGCUGUCGGCGAACGACCUCUGGCUGGUGGAACGACGCUUCACCCGGCUCGCCCCGAUGGCGAUUGCGUGCGCCCUGCCCGACGUCCGGUUGCGCUGUGAGGUGAAGGAGCUGCAGAGCCGCAUCGACUCGUACAUUAGCAACGACAAGCAGUUCGAGACAGUUUUUGUGGAGCGUGUCGAGGGUGGCAAGUAUCACUGCAAGGUGAACUCGCUCGGGCGCGAUCUCAAGGAGCAGCUGCUGGAGGAUAAUCUCAUUGCCCAGGUUUACGUUGAUAUCGAUCUCACCCGACUGAAGGGGCAAACACUGAAGGUGCAGCUGGUAGAGGUUAAAAGCUUGAACGAUUUGCGUGUGAAGCUGCUCGGCCAUCAAGCGAUCUUCUGCUGCCGAACGGACGGCUGCGAUUCGACCCUUUCGGCUGACGACACGGUGGCGGAGCUGCGUGAAAAAUGGCUCCAGCGCUACUGCCUGGCACAGGUGGUCGAUGUAUCAAACGAUGAAAAAUUGAUACUUUCCCUGCUAAUACCCGCGCUAACGGGCCAGCCGGAGCCAACGAUCGCCGAGAUGCCGGUGCUGAUGAGCAACUUCAACGUGUACGUGACGCACGUGGAAAGCACCAACUGUCUGUACGUCCAGAACGCCCGCUGGAACGAGGCGAUCACCAAGCUGGCGGACGAGCUGUACGAGUUUUACGAAAAGCAGCAGAGCACCGUCCCGUGUGCGAACCUCGCGAUGAACGAAAUGUGUGCUGCCAGGUCGCAGGACGACGGGAACUGGUACCGGGCGAAGAUCGUCUCGCUGCAGGACAUCGAAAAGAUCGAGGUAUUGCUGGUGGACUAUGGCUUUCGCGAGCAGAUCAAGCAUAGCGAGCUGAAGGCGCUAGAAGCAAAGUUCCUCGAGCACAGUGCGUUUGCGCAUCGGGUGCAUCUGCCGAUGGCGGCCAUUGCCGGUGUGGAGGAGGAGCGCAUCAAGAGUGAGAUCAGCGAGCUGACGGGGUCGUACGAGCUGUCGCUGAAGGUGGUCGAGUUUAGGAACGGGAUCUGGAUCGUGGACAUCACCUCGAACGAUUACAGCAUCGUGAGCGUGCUGAAGGAUCGUCAGCUGGUGGCGGAUUUGGAUUACGAAACGAUACUGAAUCAGCGCCAAUCGUCCACACCGACGCCGGGCGGCCCUGCAAGACCGUCGAUCGAGGAUCACGAGGCGAAGCAUCAGAAGAUACGGGCCAAGAUUUGUCAUGUCGAUAAUCCGAGUCAGCUGUUCAUACAGCUCGAGAGUGAUCUUCGAGAUUUGCAUCAGCUGCAGGAAACGCUUCAAAUCAUUGCCUCAUCACUGCCGCCGCUGCGCGACUUUUCCGCCGAUCGGUACUGCAUCGCCCAGUAUUCGGCCGACGACCUCUGGUACCGGGCGCUCAUCAUCGACAGCCACGACGAUCUGAUCAUCCAGUUUGUCGACUUUGGCCACACGGACAUCGUGACGAGCAACAAGAAGAGCACGCUGCGCGACAUCAACGACGAUCUGAUGAAGUGGAAAAUUUACGCCAAACAGUGCGCGAUGCUGAUCCAACCCGCCUCGGCCGAGGUAGAGGGCAGCAGCGCUGCCGCGUCCGCCUCCAAGGGGGGACGCAAAAAGACGGCCGCCUGGAAGGAGGUGGCCACCACGAUACUGCGUGCGCUCGACGAGGUAGAGGUACACUUUUUGGCCGAAGCGCAGGGCGUACACUACAUCAGCGUGCGCAGCGGCGAGAAGGACAUUGCCGAGAUGCUGGUGGAGAAAAAGCUGGCCACCCGGCUGCUGUACGUCCCGUCCGGGCAGCGCUGCUUCACCAGCCACACGGAAUCGAUCGACGAGUUCUACCUGCAGCUCGAGCGGGACGUCAAUCCGCUCGACGUGAUGGGCAACUAUCUGGCGGACGUGAGCAAGUUUGCGGACGUGGAGGAGCCGAAGGUGAACAUGAUCUGCUUGGCCGAGUUCGCCGACGAUACGCUGUGGUACCGGGUGCAGGUGCUGGCCAUACCGAAGCCGGGCGAAUACGAGGUGCAGUUUAUUGACUAUGGGAACCGCGCCACGGUGCAGAAGCUGAAGCAGCUCGAGCCGAGCAUUGCCGAGCUGACGCGACUGUGCGCCAAGUGUGCGCUGCGGCUGCCGGAGAACGUGAAGAGCUGGUCGGAGGCGGCACAGGAAAAGUUUGCCGAGCUGACGGCGAUGGGACAGACGGUAUUUACGGUGCAGCUGCACAGCCCGGGCACGUCGUUCGCUACCGUGGAGCUGUUCCACGAGGGCCGCAACAUUGUGGACCAGCUGGUGGCGCUGUGCGAGAAGGGCACCGGUUCGGCGACGGAUGCGAUGAGCGCUAGCUUCUUCCUCGGGGACGAUAAUCGGCUGGACGAUAGCUACCAGCUGGAGGACGAUAAGGUGCACGUUAGCCACGUGAACUCGCCGGCCGAAUUUUUCAUCCAGUUCAACAACAGCUUCGAUGCGCUGCGCAACAUGGAGGAGCUGCUGGCCGCCAAGGCGAAGCACUGCGAGCCGAUCGCGGAGGGCGACAUCCGGAAUGGGCUGUUCUGCUUGGCGCAGCUCGUGCACAAUGGGAAGUACUGUCGGGCGCUCGUGCUGGCGGAGGUUCAGGGCGGUCAGGCGACCUACCAUCAUGUGCUGCUGGUGGACUACGGGUACCGGGCGGCGGCAACCGAUCUGCGCAAGAUGCCCCCGAGCAUCGAGGAAAUGUCCCGGCUGGCGAAGAAGUGCUGCCUGGAGCACUAUCUGCCGACCGAUGAGAUUACGCUCGGUUCGGUGCGUUGGAGCCGGCUGCGCAGCCGGCUGACCGAGCUGGCCGACUCGGGCAAGGCUGUGUUUACGUUCGAAAUCGUACGGAAUGAUUGUGAUCCGCUCAUCAUACGGCUGUUCACGCCCGGCGGGGUCAAUGUGGAGGAUUUGCUGCGAGAGGAUGCCGUCGACGAAAUCGUGGUGGGUGAUGAUAUGAUCAACAGCGCUUCCGGUACUUCCGCUGCUGCUAGUGGUGGCGGUGUUAGUUCGAGCGAUACACUUAAGCGGGCCAAACCGAAGCAGGCUUUCUUCAGAGCGAACAGCGAUCUGGAGUUUCUCGAGAACAACUGAUCCGUGUGUGCGUGUUGGUUUGUGCUCUUUGUGAUGCAAAAAAAAAAAAACGACCGUUACACCGGCACCGAUCGACGAUUUCGCUUCCCGCCAGAAGUGCAAUACGCUUCGAGUGCACAAAGGAAUGCGAUGCGGUGUGGGAGAUAUCCUUCCCCCUUCGUGCGGUGUAACGAUGAAUCGAAAAACGCGAUAAAGAGAGGUAUAGAUUUAAGACACAUUAAAUUUCUUUUUUUUUGUUAUUGAAUUAAAAUAUGCACUCAUAGAGGUUUAAAUUGUAA